AUGUCUCCCUCAAACACCACCUUCACCAAGGCCUGGACGGCUGUCAAGCGCCACGCAAAGGAGCACCACCAGUCUGUCAACGCCGCCUAUGCCUCUUACUACGGCACCACGGGCGCUCCUCUUCCCGUCUCCAACACCAACACACCCACUGCCGCCAAGUCUCCCGCCGCCUCCACCACCUCCGCAGCCGAGUCGCCCCGUUCGUCGGUGGACAAGGCCUGGGGCAAGGUCAAGAAGCACGUCAAGGAGCACCACCGCAGCGUCACUGCUGCCCACGCCGCCUACUACGGCACCUCGCCGGCUCAGACUCCCACCUCUUCUGUCGAGUCCUCGCCCCGCGUGUCGGUCGACAGGCACUAG